GAGAACAGUCUAAUCCCCACUUCUCCCUAUAUUUUAGGGCUUAUCAUCUUUAACUGAGUCAACAACUGCUCUUUAAUGGCUAAAAUAUAGAGACUACUACUUAAUUAGUUUGUUGUGAUUUUGCAGUUUGUGUUUGAAAUUUUAUAAGUUAAUUUUUCAAUUUUCAAAAUCUAUGCAUACAAAAACACAAAGAAAGAUGGUACGAGUAAGCAAUUUCAUAAUUGCAUAUCUUAAUUGUGUGACUCUAUUGGUUUCUCUGGUAGCCAUAGGGUUUUCAAUCUGGCUCAAUUUCAACCACAGCGCUACACUUUGCCAGAAAGUGUUGCAGAAGCCUUUACUGAUACUGGGAGUAUGUCUCCUGGUUGUUUCGAUUUUGGGAUUGGUUGGAUCCUUGUGCCGAGUCUCGUUUGUCCUCUGGAUAUAUUUGUUUUUGUUGUUUUUGCUCAUUGUGGGGUUGCUCUGUUUCACGUUGUUCGCAAUUUUGGUAACGAAUAAAAAUGUGAGCAAAGCUUUAUCUGGGAGAGGUUAUAAGGAAAUCAAAUCUGGAGAUUACACCAACUGGUUGCAGAAGUAUGUGGUAAAUGAAGAGAAUUGGGAGGAGAUUAAGAGUUGUUUGGUUGAUGCCAAAUUUUGUCAGAGUAUACCUACUGGCAAAGGGGCUGAUUUUUAUAAAUACAGACCAUCUCAUAUUCAGUCGAGUUGUUGCAAGCCACCCACUUACUGUGGCCUGGAGUUCCACAAUGCUACUUACUGGACCAUGCCCAAAGCAGGGCCAGCGGUAGCAGACGAUGACUGCAAGAUUUGGAGCAAUGUACAGAGCGAGCUCUGCUUCAACUGCCAAUCAUGUAAGACAUCAUUCCUUGACCACAUCAAGAGAGAUUGGAAGACAUGUUCCCUCGUCAACCUUGGCCUCUUACUUCUCGUCCUCUUUGUUUAUGGUGUUGGCUGCUGCGCAUUCAGGAACACCAAAUCUAAAGGGAAAUAAUAGGCAAAAAAUAUGCCCCGCAUGAGCCAUGUUGGUUUUUUACAUUUCCAUUUUCCUAGUGAAUGUUUGUUUGACUGAAACAAGACACUGAUGUUGUAAUUAUUGUUUAUUACCGACUUCACUUUUCCAUCUAAUGUUUAGCUAUUUGUAUGUUUAUUUCUAAUUUAUAUGGCAUUACUAGUU